CACAAAUAAUAUAUUUCAAAAUUACGCACUCUAAUUUAAAUUGCUAUUCGAAUCCAUUUUUCGAAACAUUUCUGAUGGAAAAUGUGGGAUCAACUGAUGCAGAGCCAUCACGAUCGUUGUGGGAGUCUUCUGGUGGUCAAUUGUCGUGUUACGGUAGCUUGACCGCCUCAACCUCAUCAGUUUGCGCUCCUACCAUUCAUCGACAUAAAUUGUCCAAUACACCUGCCUAUGACAAUGAAAUCUUCGAAUAG